CUGCGUAUUGACAUUAACCUCCACGCGCACGGCGAUUCCCGCAGUGAGCUACCCGUUCAGCGAAUCUGCGCGUGCCACAAGGACGCGUUUCGCCCUGCGGCGGGUCUCGCGUCCGUUGCAGUCGGGAGUUUUAGUGCAGUUUGGUUUCCCUCCGAAGCCUCCGCGCUAUCCUCGUCUCCCUGCGCGCGAGAGACGCCGCGUCGCACCUCGCAACACAAACGUUUCGUUUUUUUUUUUUUUUUUUUUUAAGUGAUGUAAUAUUUGACAGAAUUUUGCUCUCGUUCUGCUUUUGUCCUUUUUAAGUCAAAAGCCGCGGCGAAUGACACCGAUGCGCGAAGAACUCCUCCUCCUCCAGACUCUAUUCCGUGGACCGUACCUGUCGCGCAGCGUUUAGUCAAGCGACUCCAUUAAACGUUUACGACCCGCGUUCUUCAGGCGGUGGCUUUUCCGGAGCGUCCUCGGGAGUCUGGCGCGCGAGGAGAACGAGGGGGAAACGAGAGAACGGAACGGGAAAGAGAAGGAGAGAGGGGCUGCUCGAAACUGAACCGGACACAUGUUGAGUUAACGGAGCGUUCCCGCUCCCUCCGCCUCCCUCGGCGGAUUCGCAGUCUGCUUUUGAUUCCCGAGCAGGGAACCGGUUCGGCUUCGCCUCCGUAACCCCGUCUGAACUAUGGACUCGAAUAAAAUGGCAGUGAGCAUCAAUAAAGCCAUCAACACACAGGAGAUCGCUGUCAAAGAGAAGCAUGCCAGGACCUGCAUAUUGGGCACGCAUCAUGAGAAGGGGGCUCACACGUUCUGGCUUGCUGUCAACCGCCUGCCCCUCUCCAGCAAUGCAGUGCUCUGUUGGAAAUUUUGCCACGUCUUCCACAAGCUGCUGAGGGACGGCCAUCCAAACGUCAUCAAGGACUCGAUGCGGCACAAGGCUGACCUGAACGACAUGAGCAGGAUGUGGGGUCAUCUGAGUGAAGGCUACGGCAAGUUGUGCAGCAUCUACCUCAAACUGCUCAUCACCAAAAUGGAGUUUCACAUCAAAAAUCCCCGUUUCCCUGGCAACCUUCAAAUGUCAAACAGACAGCUUGAUGAGGCGGGUGAGAACGACGUCAAUAAUUUCUUCCAGUUGACGGUGGAGAUGUUUGAUUACUUGGAGUGCGAGCUGAACCUUUUCUUAGGCGUGUUCAGCUCGUUGGAUAUGUCUCGCUCCGUGUCGGUGACGGCAGCCGGUCAGUGUCGUCUGGCUCCUCUUAUCCAGGUCAUUCUGGACUCUAGUCAUUUGUACGACUACACGGUCAAACUGCUCUUCAAACUCCACUCCUGUCUGCCAGCGGAUACUCUGCAGGGCCACAGGGAUCGCUUCCAGGAGCAGUUUAAGAAGCUGAAGAGUCUGUUCUACCGCUCCAGUAACCUGCAGUAUUUCAAGAGACUGAUUCAGAUCCCACAACUUCCUGAGAAUCCGCCAAACUUCCUGCGGGCGUCAGCCCUCUCCGAACACAUCAGUCCAGUGGUGGUGAUUCCGGUGGAGUCUUCUUCCCCUGAGAGUGAACAUGUAGUAGAGACAGAAGACCUGGUGGACACAGACAUCCCACCUUUACCUAGCGCUGUGGAUAGCAAGUUCGACGACCUAUUUGGCACCUCAGCUGCUACAGACCCGUUUAACUUCAACAGUCAGAACGGCAUGCGUAAAGAUGAAAAAGACCGUUUGAUUGAGCAGCUCACAGCGGAGCUACAGGCGCUGAAAGAGGAGCUGGAGUCCUUCAGAUUGGAGAGUGGCCGUCUUUGUCAAGCACUACGAGGGCGUGUGAAUGAGCUGGAGGCGGAGCUUGCGGAGCAGACUCACCUGAAGCAGCAGGCAUUGGGUGAGAGCGAGUUCCUGAGGGCGGAGCUAGACGACCUACGCAGGGUCAAAGAGGACACCGAGAAAGAGCAGCGCAGCCUGAGCGAAAUCGAGAGAAAAGCACAAGCUAAUGAGCAACGCUACACCAAGUUAAAGGAGAAAUACACAGAGCUAGUCCAGAGCCACGCUGACCUGCUGAGGAAGAAUGCUGAGGUGACUCGUCAGAUGACGGUGGCCCGUGCCGCUCAGGAUGAGGUGGAGAAUGUGAAAAAAGAGAUGCAGGACAGAUUGAAAGCCGCUCAGGAUACUGCCAGUCAGCAGGAGAAGGCUCAGUUAGAGCAGCUUCAAGCUCUACAAGCCGAGCUCAUGUCCAGCAGAUCUGAACUAGAGACCCUGAAGAGCACCGUCACCUCCUCCCAACAGUCAAACGAGCAGCUCAAUACUCAGAUGUCCGCUCUGGAGGCUGAGAAGGUGGGGCUUAUGGAGACCGUAUCUCAGAAGGAGGCGGAGGUAGCCAGUUUGGGGGAGGAGUUAGAGCGCGUGCAAAGCAGUCUGACCAACGAGAGGGAGAGUGGCGUGAAAGCCGCUGAGGCCCUGCAAAACCAACUCAAUGAGAAGGAGAGUCGCGAGCAGGCUCUGGAGAGCGAGCUGGUGUCUCUGCGCUGGGCGGCUCUGCGGGCUUCACUGGAGGAGGCAGGGAGGAUUGUACAGGACAGCUUGAAUCAGCUCGAUGACCCCGCUCACAUCAGCUGCACCAGUUCAGCCGAUUACCUGGUGUCCAGGUGCCAGGUGGCUCUGGACUGCGUGGAGAGACUGCAGUCGGCCAGAGACGGCUUUGUAUCAGAUAACACAGAUGUGUCUGGACUGGUGCGGGCGGUGACUCAGUUCGCUCACCUGCUGGGAGACGUCAUCAUGCAGGGCAGUGCCACCUCACACAUGGUGCCGGUGGAGCAAGCUGACGCGUUGGCAGACGACGUGAAGGCGUGCGGCGCGGAGGCCCUGGCGUUGCUCUGCCAGCUCAAGGAGCAGAAGUCUAUGGAGACGGCAGACUGCAGCAGGCUGAGGGCGGCACUGGAUACCGUCAUGGCCUUGGGCGAGAAGUUGCGUCCUCGGGGUCUAGAACUGCAGCAAGGGGAGCUGGGAGAUCUUGUGGAGCAGGAGAUGGCAGCCACAUCGGCAGCAGUGGAGUCAGCCGCCGCCAGGAUCGAGGAAAUGCUCAAUAAGUCCAGGGCGGUUGACACUGGAAUCAAAAUGGAAGUCAAUGAAAGGAUCUUGGCGUCCUGCACAGAUCUCAUGCAGGCCAUCAAAGUGCUAGUGCUGUCCUCCAAAGACCUGCAGAGGGACAUUGUGGAGAGCGGCAGGGGGGCCGCAUCUAUGAAGGAGUUCUACGCCAAGAAUUCCCGUUGGACAGAAGGGCUCAUUUCCGCCUCCAAGGCCGUGGGCUGGGGUGCCACUAUGUUGGUUGAUGCAGCUGAUCAGGUGGUGCAAGGCAAGGGCAAGUUUGAGGAGCUGAUGGUGUGUUCGCGCGAGAUCGCCGCUAGCACGGCUCAGCUGGUCGCAGCUUCUAAGGUCAAAGCAGACAAGGACAGUUCGAACCUUUCCCGUCUCCAGCAGGCCUCUAAAGGGGUCACCCAGGCCACGGCAGGGGUCGUGGCAUCAACCAAGUCUGGCAAGUCUCAGAUCGAGGAAACGGAAACGAUGGACUUUUCCGCGAUGACCCUCACCCAGAUCAAGAGGCAGGAGAUGGACGCGCAGGUGCUGGUGCUGGAGCUGGAGACUCGUCUGCAGAAAGAGCGGGAGCGACUGGGCGAGCUGAGGAAGAAGCAUUACGAGCUCGCUGGCGUCGCAGAGGGAUGGGGAGGAGAGGAGGAGGGAACGGGUUGAGACUCGUCGCGUUCUGUGCCGCAGACGGGCCGCUUGGCGUCUUUAUACACACACAAUAUCUUUCCCCUCUCCCUUUUUAUUGUACUUUUUAACUCUUCGAUUUCUUUAUUGUACAUUAAAGCCAAAUAAAAGGUGCUUUUUUUUCUAACCUGCUCCCUCCUCCCCUGCCCGUGGAGUCUGGAGACGCGAGGAUGGGGAAGGAAGCGGGUGGCACACCUAGUGGACAGAGAGGGAAGUGCAGGCUCGCUGAACCGUCGGAGUAUUUCGUGUCCUCUUCCUCCUCGUACGGAGCGGGGGUCUUUCCCGUCAAACAUCCCAUGACGCAUUGCACAAGGGUGAGUCGCCCCCCCGUUUCGCUGUGCUGCGAUUCUUCCCGGACUCGACUUUUACAAACAGCAGCAGCAGCGUGCGACUUCCGUUUCUUAAAGGCAUUCCUUAACGUCGCGUAGGAUCAGCCCUCGCCUGGGUCCGUCCUUCCCUAGUCCCCUAGCAGUGGUCACUGGACUAAAACGAGUAAGAGAUGAUGACCUACUGCGGACUAACACCUGAAACACUAGAAAACUCAACUCUGUAUUUUUUUUUUAUGUUAAGCUUUAUGUUCCCAAGGCACUCGUUUUAUAAGAACACCCUUAAUAGAUUUAAUCCACUGGCUUUUUACUGUUCCACCGUGUUGACUUAUAGGGACAAACUUAGCCCAUUUCACCAGUUUCAAGUCCAUGACUGAAUAUGAACUGACUGUUUUUUGUGAGACCUCGAGCUCAUGCUUUUUGUUUUCUAGCUCUAUUUAGGUCCUUGUUUCAUCGGCACCGAUAGCACGGCACCAUAUUGUAUUAGUGACGGUCCCGUGCGGUUUACACACCGUUAACACGACAGCAUCCGUUAAUUCCCGUUGUCUUCUUCCAGCUCCACACACGCGCACACCUUCACACCGAGGCGAGGAGAGACGCCCCGUGCCUUCCAAAAGGGAAAAAGGGUCACAUUCCCUCACAAAGACCUUUAAAAACAAAUAAAAAAAAAAUCGUGAUCUGAGUAGCAUUAGGACAGUGUUUUAAAUUUGUAGUUUGGUGUUGCGAACUGAGAUCAUGAAACCUUGUAGAGCGUGGCGUGAGGACAGAUGUAGCCAUCCAUCGCUGUGUUCAACUCUGGUGCGUUUCGUUUGGAAUUUCGAGCUUCCUUUUUAAAAAAAAAUGGUACGGAGCCCCUAAGGGGACACGGUGAUGGAAAUUACAUUUCGUUGUUCUGUCUUAAAAAAAACGGUGGAAAUCUACUGGGAGAAUGAAACAUGAACGGAAACCGUUUUUUCUUCCACCUCAGGUUAUUCCCAUCGCAACGCAGAUGUAAACGUUUCCCUGGAAAUGCGUUUUUGCGUUUUUCCUUUUCAAGGGAAUCGAGAGGUUUUUCUCAAGGGAGCGCUUUCUAGGAAACUCAGGUUUGCGAGACGUUUCUCGAGGAACGCUGGUUUUGCGAUCGGUCGCUAAUAUGUCGAAGGAACGGAAAAAAAAUAAAAAUUAAAUGUUGUAAGCGUACGCAAAGUUUCUUGAGAAAAAUGAUUUGUUUUUGCGAGCAAAAGUGUUUUUUAGGCAACGCUAAAACAAUUCCUUCCAUCUUUUUUUCCAUCACGGUCUCUUUUUAGGAGCUCUGUAAAACGGUCAAAAUCGGUUUUCAAUUAUUUUGCUUAAAAAAAAAUUAAGUCUCUUUUAGAAUUGUGUAUAUAUUUCUCAUCAUAUACAGUACAAAUAUUACCGCGAUGUAUAGCCAUUUACAAGUGUACUUUACCAUUUAAAUUCUAUAGUUUUAUUUAUAGUAAUUCACAUUAAUUUAACGGAGAGUUGUUUAAUGGGCUUAAUUUUCUUUAGGCAAAAUAGCAUUCAUUUUGGGGGAAUUUUUUUGUUUAUUUUUAUUAUUAUUAUUAUUUUUUUUUUACAUUUCCCGACUGUUUUCAUGACAUUCACACAAAAUGGAGAUACAUGGGGAAUGUUAAGUCAAUUGAACUGGGUUCAGGAGGUCUGUCCACUUCUGUCAAAGCAAUGUAGACCACAUAGCCUUGUAGACCGCCACUGUCUGCCAGCAGCACAGCUCUCACCAGAGCUCACAGGGACUUGCAGUCUUGUAGUCAUCUACAAACCAGGGUUACCUCAACUUCUCCACAAACUACCAGUCAGUAACUACAAAGAGGAAAUGAUUGAGUUUAAGGGUCCUGUAGACUCGAUACGAACAUGCGUUGGCUAAAACCAUGAGUGUGUGCGUGCGUGUGUGUUCUUGAAUACUAAUAUAAUGUGUGUGUGUUUGGGUGGAUGCUGAGAUAUGAUAUAUAUACUGUAUAUCCCUUAUGUUGUUAUGUCUUAAUACCCUCAUAUUGUUUCACUUGUUGCACUGCUUUGGCUGUUAUGUUAAGUUGCGACACUGGGUAUUUAAUUUCCAAUUUUUUUUUUUUUUUUUCCGGAGUGUCAUCAUCUCCUCCGAUAAUGGUUUAUUUCACCGUUUAGAUUCGGUUGUCUAGUCUUACCAGCUCAGCCAGCCUCUAAACUGCCUCUCACUUUUGUUAACGGAGAAACGAAAACAAUUCCGCUCAGUAACAUUUUGGAGAAUAUCUUUGUAUGAUAUAUAUAUAUAUAUAUAUAUAUAUAUAUAUAUAUAUAUAUAUAUAUAUAUAUAUAUAUAUAUAUAUAUAUA